AUGGACUCGGGCCGCAAUUCUGGGGAGGAGGGGUCUUCAAAGAAGGGCUGUGCGUUUUGCCAUACUGGUAGACACCCAUCGCCUCACGGGUCUACACCCACGUCUGAAAACGCUCACCCCAAAGAGGAAGCACGAACACCACCUGGUAUGGCGAGAAUUGGCUCAAAAUUUGUACUCUCCCUGACUGACAAUCUAACUGGAGGUGAUGAUAUGUUUGCGCAUAGAGAUUUUCUCGCGUCUGCCACUGCAGCAGUUUCCCAAUCCAAGAGACCGGAAUUUACAGAGGAUGCUACUUCUUUUUACCCGACAGAUGAACCAUAUUACGGAGAUGAGGACGUCCUCAUAGAACGGAUAUUGGAAGAUUUCCCUUCUCGAGCCGGGGCCGAAGCUCUUAUUUCAGCAUUUUUCUUUUACGCUGAGGCGAACUGGUACUAUUUCGAUGAACCCUCAUUUAGAGACCAGUUAUUUGGAUUAUAUGACAGUGGGCUCUCGCCAACUUUGACCAGCCCUAAGUUCAUCUGUUUGGCCUUGGCAGUCUUCGCCAUGGGAAGCCAGUUUGUUCAUCUCUACCAGGCUGAUCCUCUGGACAAUUCAGAAACCAUGACUGAAACCAUGACUGUGGCCCAGACUGGAAUUCCAGGGACGAGGUAUUUCCAGCAUGCGCAGAAACUUGUGCCUCACAUAGUAGCCUCUCCGUCCUUGGAAGGCCUGCUGAGCUGUCUACUACUUGCCUUGUAUGUUUUGCCAAUUCAUAACACCAACACCUGCUACACCUAUCUCGGUAUCUCAUUACGCAUCGCGAUCUGCCUCGGCCUUCACCGGAAGUCAGCAAGCUCAGAUCUAUCCCCGACACUUUCAGAAGUCCGCAAUCGUAUUUUCUGGACUACAUACACCAUUGAAAGGACCUUGGACAAGUCUUCGAGAGAAGAUAUCCGAAGUCAACUUUUGUCUUGGAAGGCUGCCCUACCACCUCAGUUGACAACACUGAAUGAUACCUCUUUGCGACUAAAUGUACAUUUACAGCUUCACUACUCUAUGGUAUGGAUCUAUAUCGGUCGCGCUGCCCUGAUCGAUAGAGUACGAAACUUUCUUAGCAAGAAAGAGUCUAGCAAAAGUGACUAUGGGACGAGAGAAGAACGUCAUAAAUCAUCGGAGUCAUGCGUUGAACAUGCUGCGCAGAUAAUUGAUCUAAUUGAUCUGCUCAGAACUCGCGGGCAACUGGGUCGCUUUUCUCAUACUGAUUUCCAUACCUGCAGUUCCGCAGCCGUUGUCGUUCUCCUAGAAAGUAUCCUGCACCCACGUCUCACAUCAUACUCGAAAGUCCGAACGGCAAUGGAUGCUUUACGAUACAUGGCCACUGGCAGCGACUUUGCAAAAAAUAGCCUUAAGUAUGUCAAUGACUUUCAGGUGGUAGUCAACAAGGCUUUGGCAUCUAUGUACCGCCGAGACCAUGGAACAUCCUGCUCUAUGAGAGAGUCAAACUCACUAGGGUGUGGAGAAUCGCCAGCAAGCCGAGACACUUUCAUGCAAUCAUCAGUGCAGCCUUUCGACCCGCCCGAUUCUACCUCCGUGGAAUCACAUCCAGGGGCUGAUACUGAAGACUUGGACCCCUCGUAUCAUCAAUUUGACGAAGAAGCGCCCAGUAUGGCCCUCUUUGAUGACAUAGAGACUGCGCUUGAGAGUUGUUCAUUCACAGAAUUACACCUACUUGGCUUGGACAGCCUAUACUCGAGCCAGGUAUUAAACUGGGAUAACGUGGGUGCAUAG